GCAUGUCAAAAACAGAAAUACAGUAGUCGUGAUCGCUUGUAAAAGUAAAAAGUUAAUUAAAAUAAUUAAUGAACAUAAUUAAUUAAUAAUAAAUGUAUUAAUUACGUAAAAAUAAAGCCGCUAAUUAAUUAUAAAUAAUAAAAUAAAAAUUCAAACUUUUAAAAUAAACUAAAAGAUAAAAAAAAUGGUGUCUUUAUAAGUAACCUAAAAUAACACGUUUUUAUAAAUUAUAAAAUAAAUAAAUAAUUCUCAUAAUGUACAGUCGCGUGUUGCGUAAUUUAUUAAAUCCAAGAAAUAAUUAUCCGCUGAUAAAAUUGGCAAGUGAAUUUAAAAAUUUAAUUACUUCACAAGGAUUUAAAAAUAAUUAUCGCUACAAUUUUACAUCAUCAGCACCCUAUGGGUCACAGAAACUUGGCAGCGUCGGACCACCAGAGCCUUCUGAAUUAUUAAAACCCGCGGAUGCUUCGUGUAUAAAAAAAAAAGAUGAAUUAGCGGAAAUGAGACUGAAAGAAUUUUUAAAAAAUCCUGAAAAUGAAAAACACUACAAAAUUUUGGAGCUUGAAAUUGAAGUCAUGAGACAGAGCGGGGAAUUAGUACCCAGUCACUUAAAACCUCGUGAUUGGGUCGAACUUCUCCUGAUAAAUUCACGUCAGAGAAGAAAACGUUUCCUGGAAUUUUUAUUCGGCCUUGAGAUGAAGGAUAAAAAUGCGGCAGAAAAACGUAGACUCAAAGCCGAAGAAAAAGCUAAAAAUAUGGAGUCCCUAAAAGAUCCUGGAAUUCCAGUGCAUUUGCAAUACAAGCUGGGAGGGAAUAACAUGUUCAUAAGAAUCCGCGACAACACGAUGAACCAACUGUUCAAUUGGCGGCUGAUGCGCGCGAUGAUGUACGCCCCGAAACUGGUGAUCGAUUGCGGUUACGAAGACAAAAUGACCCGAGUUGAGACUAAGAACUGCGCCAAGCAACUGAUGUUCGCCUUCGCAGCAAACCGCGAGUGCCAUGACCCCUUCGACAUCCACUUCUGUAACUUCAACCAUACAGGUCUUCUACACGAGGAGUUCUACAGCUUCAUACCCACGAUGUACGAGCCUGAUUUUCCGAUAAACGUCACCGAGAAAUCGUACCUCGAUUUGUUUCCCAAAGACAAGUUGGUCUACUUGACACCAGAUUGCAAUCAGGUUAUAGACAAUUUUGAUGCAGAGGCGAUUUAUAUUGUUGGAGCACUCGUUGACAAAAUUGCCGGCAGUCCCAGUUCUCUGGCGAAAGCAAAACGAGAAGGUCUCCGUAUGGCCAAGUUACCCAUCGACAAAUAUCUGAGCUUUGGUGGUGGUUCUGGUAAAUCAUUGACCAUAAACCAAGUUGUUGCCAUUCUUAAUGACCUGUACACUACCCGCGAUUGGAAUCAUGCGUUACGUCACGUGCCCAGACGUAAAUUACACGAGAAUCGUCAAGAGCAAAUGCAAAAACGUCUGAGUUACUAUUUGAGCAACCCAAAAAAUGAAAGUGAUGUAAAAAGUUUAAAAGACUUUAGUUUUAAAUCGAGAAAUAAAUUUCGCGCUAAAUAAUUUUUUGUAAAAUUUAUUCAGUCAUAAUUUUUUUUUUAAACAUUUGAUUUAUAUUCCAUUAAUUAUUAUAAUUAUAAAAUUUUUAUUUAAUUAUCAUUGUUUAUUAUUAUAAUAAAUACGUGUACAUAAAUCACACAGUAAAAUAUUAUCACACAUAAAAUAAC